CCUACAUUGAGAAGUUAAGUCCAGCAGUUCCCAAAUGGAAUCAAACACAUCAAGGUUUCUUUUGAACUCUUCAACUUUGCACUCAGUUUUCUACCAAGAAAAACAAGAUGAUGGCAUAAUUGAUCUGGGUCUUAGUCUAGGAACUGUUCGACAUGAAGCUUACCAUUCUUCUGCCAACUUGUAUGAUGAAGAGCUUAUGGAUUGGCCUCACUCCAAUCUCAAUCUCAAGAAUUCAAGAACAAUGCAUUCUAGAUCCGUCCACCAAAAUUUUGAUGAAGAGAUAGAGGGCGUCCAGAGCAAUGAGAGGUGGGCUUAUGUGAAGGUUAACAUGGAUGGGGUUACCAUUGGUAGGAAAAUUUGUGUACUUGAUCAUGGUGGAUACUCAAGUCUAGCACUCCAAUUAGAAGACAUGUUUGGUAGGCAGAAUGAUCAAUAA